AUGGCCAUGGGACUGUCAUCGGCAGUGUUUAGGCUUCAUCUUCUUCUGCUUCUCGCCUGCCUCGUUUCGCAGCUAUUGACUGGUGGAUUCGCCACUGAAAUUCAGCGACCGCAAAAAAAGCGAAUGCAGCGUCCAGCCUUUCUCUUUGAUGCCUGGGGCAAACGCGAUGCAUCGCAGGAACCCUUGUGGAGACUGGUGGGUGAGGAUGAGGACAAUUACCUUUUCGUCGUUCCCAAGGUUGGCUUCAACUCGGCAGCGGUAAACAUGGAGGAUGAAGCGGAAAAUCCGUUUGAGUUACGGCGAGCGGUCUCCAAACGCGGUGCCUACCUUGACCUGCCCUGGGGCUAA